GCUCUCAAAGCAAAGCAUAACAUAGCAGCUAAACAUAUAUUGAGACUUGAGAGAGAAGAAGAGAGAGAGAGAGAGAGGAAGAAAGCAAUGGCGGCUCAGGCACCCACAUUAGAGGUUCCCACGGACGCUGAGCUGCUGCAGGCACAAGCUGACCUGUGGAGACACAGUCUCUACUACCUCACGUCCAUGGGGCUUCGGUGCGCCGUCGAGCUUGAGAUCCCGACUACCAUCCACAAACUCGGCGGGGUCGCUUCGCUGCCCGACCUCACGUCCGCGCUGUGCCUUCCCCCGGUAAAGAUGCCAUUCCUCGGCCGGCUCAUGCGCGUGCUCGUCACGUCGGGCGUUUUCGCAGCUGACGACGCCUCCGAGUCCGGCGAGGAGCUGUACCGGCUCACCCCGCUGUCCCGCGUCUUGGUGCACGGUGUCGUCGCCGACGAGCACCACAGCCAGAAGUACUUCGUUCUUGCCGUCACCUCCUCGCAUUGCGCGGAGGCGGCGUUCGGGCUGGCCGACUGGUUCAAGAAGGAUACCGAGGCACCAGUGCCAUCACCCUUCGAGGACAUGCAUGGCGUGCCAGUCUUUGAUGACAGAACAGCUGUCCUUGACAAAGAUUUUGACGCCGUUUCCAAUCAAGGCUUGGCUGCCCACGACAACUUGGGGAUCGCCACCAUACUGCGUGAGUGCGGUGACAUCUUCAAGGGGCUUCAGUCCCUGACUGACUGCUGCGGUGGCGAUGGUACCACGGCGAGGGCCCUCGUCAAGGCGUACCCGCAUCUCAAAUGCACUGUGCUAGACCUCCCCAAGGUGAUCGUAAAAGCACCAGUUGAUGGUGUCAUAAACUAUGUUGCAGGUGACCUGUUCCACACCGUGCCAUCGUCUCAAGCCGUGAUGCUCAAGCUCGUGCUACACUUUUGGAGCGACGAAGAUUGUGUCAAAAUCCUAGCUCAGUGCAGGAAUGCCAUUCCAUCGCGUGAGGAGGGAGGAAAGGUAAUAAUCAUAGAGAUUGUGGUUGGUCCUUCCUUGGGGCCAAUUAUGUUUGAAGCCCAACUCCUGAUGGAUAUGCUUAUGAUGGUUAACACGAGGGGGGUUCAACGGAGUGAAAAUGACUGGAGCAAGCUGUUCGUGAAAGCAGGCUUCACGGACUACAAAAUUGUGAAGAAACUGGGAGCCCGAUGUGUCAUCGAGGUGUACCCAUGAGAUUUCAGUACUAAGGAUAAAAAUAAAGAAGGUGCUUAUCAUUCCCAUGGAGAGCUUCAUGGAUCCUUAGAGUAGCUCAAGUGUUUCGGGCUAGUUGCUUUUAAGUUCCAUGGGAACUUUCACAUAUAGAGAAGCUUAUAGCACUUUGCAUGUGUAUGUGUUUAUCAUAUGUUGGUGCGCUCAAUCUUCACCUGUUUUGUUGGUUGUCAUGAGUAUUAUAUGUAUCAACAUAUUUAUAUUCCAAUGCUUCUUUUUUUUAUCAAUAAUAAUAUUACUAAUCAUUCGAUCUGCCAGGUUCAACA